AUGGCAAAUUUUAAUGAAUCAACAGUAGGGCUGUUUUUCAAAGACCUAGAAAAAGUCCUCAGUCGGGAUGGUGGAUUUGGUGCUGACCAGAUAUGGAAUGUGGAUGAGACUGGUGUAACAACAGAUCAAAGACCAUGCAAAAUUCUUGCUAAAAAAGGACUAAAGCAAGUGAGCUCUGCUGUUUCUCAAGAAAGGGGAACACUGGUUACAAUUUGCUGUGCAGUGAAUGCUCUAGGAAACCAUAUUCCGCCAUUUUUUGUUUUUCCAAGAGUGUAUGUUCAAGAAAACUGGCUUCUCACUGCACCUCCAGGCAGUUCAGCAACUGGAAACCCAAAAGCAACAGGAUGGAUGACGGAAGAAGGGUUUUCAAAAUACAUAAGACACUUUGUUAAGUAUGCCAAACCCACAGCUGAGCAGCCAAUAUUGUUGUUAUCGGAUAAUCAUAGCUCUCACAUAUCUGUAGAUGUGAUAAAUUUUGCUAAGGAAAACAAUGUGACAGUGAUGAGCUUUCCUCCACAUUGCUCCCAUAAGCUACAUCCUCUGAAUGUAUCUGUUUUUGGUCCUUUCAAAACGUAUGUGAAUCAGGCAUCUGAUAAUUGGAUGCGACAAAAGGAAAAUGCAGGAAAGUCAAUGACAAUUCAUGUCAUUCCUAAAAUCGUGUCCUAUGCAUUCCCAAAAGCCAUGACACCAAGCAACAUCAUGUCUGGGUUCAAAGUUACAGGAAUCUACCCUUUUGACAAAAAUAUUUUUCAACCCGAAAAUGUUUUGUCUGCAUGCACAACAUAUAGGCCAUUGGAAGAAGCAGUUCCAGGAACUAGCUCAACAAUGAGCUGUGAUGAAAUUGAGGAAACCAACUCUACUAAACAAAGCCAAAUCAUAAGCAAGGAGACAGUUGAUGUUGUGCAACCAAGCACUCCAAACGUUGUUGAGCAGUCUGUCAGAAGAAGGAAGAUCAAGUGCCGAGCAAGUGAGACCAUUUGGGAAACGGCCUCCUAG